AUGGCGUCAGCCAGAGGCAGCUGUCGCAUCGCCCGCGCCAUUGGGGCCGUGCUCCCCCUGAACUGGCUUGGAGACGCGUCGUCGGGGCAGCCCCCUAACAGUUCCCUGGCCCUGUGCACUUUCGGGCUGGUGGGCAACGUUCUGGUGCUGGUCCUGGUGCGGUCCCAGCAACGGCGCCGCCGCUCGCUGCUCAGCUGCUUCCUCCUCAACCUUGCAGCCACCGACCUGCAGUUCGUGCUGACACUUCCCUUCUGGGCCGUUGACAUGGUGCGUGACUUCAGCUGGCCCUUCGGAAAUGCCAUGUGCAAGGUGGUGCUCAUGGUGCUCAACAUCGUGGCGCGCUACUGCGCGGUGGCGAGCGCGCUGCGCCCCCGUCGGCCCGGCACCCCAUGGGCUGUCUGCGUGUGCUGCUUGCUCUGGGCCACUGCAGUCCUGGCCACCGCGCCCACCGCCCUGUUCGCCACAGUGGCCAGCGUCAGGGGCGAACGCUUGUGCCUGCUGCGCUUCCCCGACGGCGGUCUCGACUGGCUGGCCUUCUACCAUCUGCAAAAGAUCACCGUGGCCUUUGUGCUGCGGCUGGCCACGCUGGGCACCUGCUCGCUGCUGUUCCUGCCUUUCCUGCGUUGGCUGCGGGCAUGCUGGCCGCCUGGGGUCCGGCUCCGAUGA